UGACACGUGACUAUUCCCUCGGGGGGUUCCCAGGUGGUAAAAGGGCCAGCCUCUUGGUCCUGGCCUCCGGCCAUCCGCUCUUCUUUCCCUCUUUGCGGCUCUUCGGGUUCUAACCUUUUUCCGAGUCCUCGGGGGCACCCGGUCCCCUUGCGGGGUUAGCCCUUCCUCAGCACUUCUCGGUUUGUGGGGGAACGAGGGACCUCGGGACCCGCUCCGCACCCUCACCCCCUUCCUUUCCCAGGUAAGAUUUGUUGGGUCUUUGAGCUAUUCCCUGCCGGGGCCUGGGAGAUCUACCUGGUGGGACUCAAGACCACCCAGGGAGGGAAAGGGAUUUUUCCCCCAAGACUCCAGUCAAGUUUGGCAGAGGAAGCAGAAGCAGAGUCUCUGGUCUGAGAGAAACUGUGGGAACAGAGUGCCCAGAAAGCUGGAGGAAAGGACGAAGGUUGGGGGAGACCAUAUACCCAGGUGGAGGAAAAAUUAGGAAGGCAGGACUCCUGAGUGUCUAAAGGGUGAAGAGGAGGUAGUCUUGUAUGCUUCUCCCGACCUAGCAUGAUCCCCUGCCUUCCCCGUGGGGGAGGAGAGGAAGAUCUGGAUAAAGACCCUUGCGACCAAGAAGAGGACUUCGGCUCUGGAGAAGAGAGUCUGGAUGACAUAGGGAUCCCUCCACCAUACAGCCCCCCGCCUGGGCCCUCUCUGGUCGCUCAGCUCCAUAGGGACCAGAUUUCGGCACCAAAUGCUAUUGGUCAGCAGCUUCUAGGGGAUCAGACCCCAGUUCUCACCCAGAACCUCAAAGUGGGGAGCCAGCCAGCACCCUGGGAGCCCGGCUAUGAAAGGGCAGGGAAUUCUGGAUCUGGUAACUCAAUCUCCUUCAGAACCAUUUGGCAUCCAUCCUUCUGUGCCUUGUUUGAUGCCCAGGGCCAUGACAUCCAAUCCCCAGCUCCACCUGAAGUAGAGGGGAAUAGAGAGAGCUCCCAGAGUGAUAAAGGUUAUCCAGCUCUCUGCUCAGAAGAUUUCUUCUUCUCUGACCCUCUCUUGCCUUCCAUUACUCGGAUCCCCCUUGGCCUGUCCCAACCUCCCCAGCAGAUUCUAAGGAGAUCUAGGCAGCUUCUUGGCCCACCCCCCAUAAUGUCAGUCUGGACACAGCCAACCCCAGCUCCCAUCUUGACUUGGCAGUGUGGUCCAGAGAUAACAGCUGUUACCAGCCUACUUGAGAUGAGCCGAGGAGAAAAGUCUACCCCCACCCCAGAGCCCUCCCUAGCCCCACCCACUCCGUAGCCCACCAAGCCAAAGGUGGAUUCUAUCAUCUCAUCCCCAUCCUGUCCCUCCCUGCAAUACUCCUUGAGAGCUGAGGAAAGCCUCCUCCCUCACCUCCUGUUGCCGUAUUACUGUAUUGGGAAUGAAUAACGUCCCUCUUCCCCUCCCACCUUUUGCUGUAUUUGGUGUGUUGCUGUGGGGCGCAAUA